AAAACCACCGAGAAGCAUCAUCCCCCAACAAUAGAAAGAGACAGACUGUGUUCCAAAUCCUAAAAACCAAAGCGAAAAUUUAGAAAGAAAAUCACUCCUCCCAUGUUUUAACUUCAACGCUUUAACAACACCAAUUACAUAAACAAAGCAAAACCCAAUUAUUUUUCUCCUUUUCUUCCCAUUUCUGGUCAUCCAUUUUUCUUUUAAGCCACUCUUCUUUUGAGUUCAUAUAAACUUCAACUCAAUACCCCCAAGAAAACCCAGAAAAAAAGAUCACAACUUCGUUUAUUAAAGAGUCUCGUUUAUUAAAGAGUCAAAAAGGAAGGGACUUUUUGGUUUUUGAAGGAGAAAUGGCAAGUGGGGAUCUUGAAAGAGGAGGAGGAAGUAAUGUGAAGAACAGGGGGAAUAGCUAUAACCAAUCAUCUUCUUCUUCAUACUAUGUGGAAAAUAAUGAAAAACAAUGGACUUCAUGGCUUGUUCCGAUGUUUGUAGUGGCUAAUAUUGCUGUUUUUGUUGUGGUGAUGUAUGUUAAUAACUGUCCUAAGAACAAUCAGGGAUUUGAAGGUGGUUGUGUGGCUAGGUUCCUUGGCAGGCUUUCUUUUGAACCUUUGAAAGAAAAUCCUCUCUUUGGUCCUUCUUCUAAUACAUUGGAAAAAUUGGGAGCCUUAAACUGGGAAAAGGUAGUGCAUGGCAAUCAAGCGUGGAGGCUUAUCACUUCCAUCUGGCUGCACGCUGGUGUUAUUCAUCUACUUGCAAACAUGUUGAGCUUGAUCUUCAUUGGAAUACGCCUUGAACAACAAUUUGGAUUCAUACGUGUUGGGCUUAUCUAUCUAUUGUCCGGUUUUGGUGGUAGCGUACUAUCGUCUCUUUUCAUUCAACGCAGCAUUUCUGUUGGUGCCUCUGGUGCUUUAUUUGGCCUUCUUGGAGCAAUGUUGUCGGAGCUGCUGACUAAUUGGACUAUCUAUACAAAUAAGGCUGCAGCUCUGAUCACACUCGUGGUCAUCAUUGUCAUUAACUUAGCAGUGGGGAUUCUUCCCCACGUCGACAACUUUGCGCAUAUUGGAGGUUUCUUAACCGGUUUUCUCCUUGGGUUCGUUUUGCUGCUUCGCCCCCAAUUCGGGUGGGUGGGACGUAAACAGCUUCCUGCUGGUGCUCGUGUAACAUCUAAGCAUAAGGCAUACCAAUACCUAUUUUUGGUGAUCGCUAUGGUUUUACUCAUUGCUGGUUUCACAGUGGGGUUGGUAAUGCUGUUUAGAGGAGAGAAUGGACAUGACCAUUGCAGCUGGUGCCAUUACCUGAGCUGUGUUCCUACAUCAAAAUGGCACUGUGGGAACUAAUCAGACCUUUAUUACAUAUCGUUCACUGAUUCUUUUCUGGUUUCCUUUACAUUUUUUACAUUUGUUAAUUUCUUGGUGUUGUUACCUGCCUAUGUGUAUACAUAUACAUACAUACGUACUUACAUGGUUAGUUUUUAGACUUCGAGUUAUUUUAUUUACUGUUGUUAUGUGAUUUGACAUUUUAUACACAGCUUGGUCUAAAUAUAUAUUAUAAGCGAUUUUACUUGAAGCAAA